ACAGCGAAGCACCGGCACCGCUCAGCCAAUCACAGUUGCCGACGCCGAGCCCGACCUUUCUGCGGCUGAACGAUAUUUCGGAGAGAAGCGUCACUAAAGCAGCUGUAAACCAGUCAGUGCUUAUCAUCGUCAUCGUCAUGGCCUCUGGAGCGUUGUUCCCCAGCAUGGUGUCUGGAUCCCGUGGCUCCUCCAGUAAGUACCUGGUGGAGUUUCGUGCCGGUAAGAUGACCAUGAAGGGCAGCACGGUGACGCCUGACAAGCGUAAAGGUCAGGUCUACAUCCAACAGACGGACGACUCCCUCAUCCAUUUCUGCUGGAAGGAUCGGACCACCGGGAACGUGGACGAUGACCUGAUCAUCUUUCCUGAUGACUGCGAGUUCAAACGGGUGAAUCAGUGCACCACCGGACGAGUCUAUGUGCUGAAAUUUAAAGCUGGCUCCAAAAGACUCUUCUUCUGGAUGCAGGAGCCAAAGACUGAUAAGGAUGACGAGUACUGCCGCAAAGUGAACGAGUAUCUGAACAACCCGCCCAUGCCCGGUGCUCUCGGCAGCGGCGGCAGCGGAGGACACGAUCUGUCUGCUCUCGGAGGUGAGGGUGGCCUGCAGAGCCUUCUGGGUAACAUGAGCCACAACCAGCUGAUGCAGCUUAUUGGACCAACUGGACUGGGAGGGAUUGGUGGUCUCGGGACGCUGGCUGGUCCGGGCUUGGCCAACCUUCUUGGAAGCAGCAGCAGCAGCAGCAGCGUUCCUGCAGCCAGCAACUCCUCCACGAGUCCGUCCACAGCCGUCACCCCAACCUCUACCUCUGCUGCCAGUCGGCUCGGCUCCUCCCAGGUUCCCACCACUCCCAUCACUCCCUCCGCCACCUCAGCGGCCUCCCCAACAGCCACCACCCCCUCCACCCCUGCUGCGUCCUCCGUGGCGGCAGCAGCAGCCAACCCCACGCAGCCCAUCCAGCUGAGAGACCUGCAGAGCAUCCUGGCCACCAUGAACGUACCUGCCAGCAGCCAGGGAGUGGACCUCGCGAGCGUCCUGACGCCUGAGAUCAUGGCUCCCAUCCUGGCCAAUCCUGAGGUUCAGCAGAGGUUGAUGCCCUAUCUGCCCUCCGGAGAGUCCCUGCCUCAGAGCUCAGAGGAGCUGCAAAACACGCUGAGCUCACCUCAGUUUCAGCAGGCUAUGAGCAUGUUCAGCAGUGCUCUGGCGUCCGGGCAGCUGGGGCCUCUAAUGAACCAGUUUGGCUUGCCUGCAGAGGCUGUCGACGCUGCUAACAAAGGAGAUGUGGAGGCUUUUGCCAAAGCCAUGGAGACGGAGACAAAGUCUGAUCAGGACGGCGACUCCAAAGACAAGAAAGACGACGAUGAAGACAUGAGUCUGGACUGAGCACUCUUUUAAGAAAUAUUAUUAUUUAAUGUAUUUAUUUAGCUGCUGUUUUAUUCCUGCCACACCACAAGGGUAAAGAUUGUGGUUGAUGUAGUAGAAAGUGUGACUCCCAGCUGAUAGUGCCGUGUUGAAUUAAUAUCUACUGAUGUAACUGGGCGAACAUGUACUCCACCUGCAUGUCAGCUACUAGCCUAUCCUGUCCAAACAUGAGGGAACAGUAAAAAUAAUA